AUGGGCAGUUUCGAAGUUCUGACCCAGCCGACCAUCGGCUACAGCCCAGACUACGAUCAAUAUCUCGCGAGAGUACAGCACAGACAGCAAACCGAGACGCUUCCAACGACGCUACCAGAGGGCUUUCCUGCUCAACUGAAGUCGGACCUUGUCUGGGACGGCAGCGACAUUGGCAGCAAGUACAACUGGACGUAUGAGCUGAGCACGAACGAGCUGGAGGAGAUCGAGGCUGCACUGAGUCACUUCAAAGCACUGAACAUUCCACUCGGCCAUGUCAGUCAAGACACCUUCCCACUACCAAACCUCCAUUCCGCUCUCCGAAAGAUCUCAGACGAACUCCACAACGGCCGAGGCUUCAAAGUCCUGCGAGGUCUGCCAGUGACCAAACAUACCCGCGAGGAGAAUAUCAUCAUCUACGCCGGCGUGUCUUCACACAUCGCUCCCAUCCGAGGUCGACAGGAUCAUCAGCACGAUGGGAAGCCGGCUGAUGUUGUGCUUGCCCACAUCAAAGAUCUGAGCCGCAUUGUCGAUGCUAGCAAGAUCGGUGCCCCUGCUUACACCACUGAUAAGCAGGUCUUUCACACGGAUGUUGGGGAUGUGAUCGCUUUGCAUUGCUUGGACACUGCGGCUGAGGGAGGGCAGAGUAAGUUGUCGAGUAGCUGGACUGUUUACAAUGAGAUCGCGAAGAGUCGGCCUGAUUUGAUCCGGACGCUUGCGGAGCCAUGGGCUGCUGAGAACUUCAGCGGCAAAGGCCCACGAUAUUCUCUCCGCCCACUGCUCCAUUACACCCCGAGGACGGCAACCAGUCCUGAGCGAAUGAUCAUCCAGUACGCGCGCCGAACCUUCACAGGCUACAUGGGCUUGCCAAGGUCCAGCGACAUUCCUCCUAUCACCGAAGCUCAAGCCGAAGCACUCGAUACCUUACAUUUUCUGGCGGAGAAGCAUGCCGUCACCCUUGACUUUCAACAAGGCGAUGUGCAGUACGUCAAUAAUCUGAGCAUCUUCCAUGCGAGAAAUGCGUUCAAAGACACUCCGGAGCAGCAACGACACCUUGUCCGCCUUUGGCUGCGUGAUCCCGAGAAUGCGUGGCAGACACCAGAGGGGCUGGCGCAAAGGUGGGCAGAUAUAUACGAUGGAGUGACACCCGAGAACAGUGUAUUUCCUCUUGAGCCUCGCAUCAGGACGGCAAGUAGCGGCGGCAAGGAGCAAAAGCUGGAGUGA